UCUCCAGUGCUAAGCGGUGGGAUAGCAUUUUAUGACCAGAGAAGAAGUAACAAUCAAAACAUCCGUGACGUGGCUGAUCGAGUGAUCAAUCUUUGCGGACAAAAGAAGAGUUUUAAUUGAUCAGCCCCUAAGGGAGGCUGUGAGGACAUGGCUGAAGCUGGACCCCCUGGUGAGAUCAUGGAGCGGAGGGUCUCCCCGGUCGGGACGCCUGACCCGCCCCCAGCAAGCACAACAGACGUAGCCCCCACCAGAGAGGGGCGCAGGAGGCCCAGGGAGCACACUCCAUCCCCGGAACCCCAGCUCAGCCCCGGCCCCUCCCCAGAGGUUCGGCCCACCCAGGCCCUCGCCGACUCCAGCGGGGGAUGGGGCUACUGGGGCAGCUGGGGGAAGACCCUGCUCUCUACCGCCACCGCCACCGUCAACACCGUGGGUCAGGGUCUGACUCAGGUGAUGGAGAAGGCCGAGACCUCGCUGGGCCUCCCCAGUCCUGCUGAGCUGUCCUCCCAGGUCCAGAAGGAGGAGAGACAGACUGAGGCCCGAGGCGAGCCGGAUGGCGAGAACACAGAAGGACCAUCCGCUGUUGCCAUGGGGAUGCUGUCGUCACUCAGCAGUGUGGUCCAGCGUUCCAGUAAGACGGUCCUCUCCGGCGGUCUGGACGCCCUGGAGUUCCUGGGGAAGAAGACGAUGGACGUGAUCGCCGAGGGCGACCCGGGCUUCAGGAAGACCAAGGGCCUGAUGAUCCGCCCCUCCACGCUGUCCCAGGUUCUGCGAGAGGCCAAGGAGGAGGAGGAGGAGCAGGGUCCUGGGGGUCCCGGGGUUGCCGGGGGUCCCGGGGGUGCUGGGGGUCCCGGUCCAGAGGGCAGGAGGACGGCCCACUAUGGCCGACUGUUUGACGAGUUCCACGGCCUGGCCCACCUGGAGGCGCUGGAGGCCCUGUCCAGAGAGAGCCAGGCCAAGGUGGGCUCGGUGCUAGCCACAGUAUCAGGGGAGCAGCUGGUGGACCUCAGAGAGCAGCUGGACCGGAUCAAAGAUGCCUUCACCCUGGAGGAGUUGGACGAUGACGAGCUGGACGACAAACAAGAUCUAGAGUUUGAGAAGGAGCUAACAGAGGCCUUAGCCCGGCUGGAGAUCUCAUCGGCUGAGCGUCUCGGAGCGGCCUGCAGGAGGGCGGGCCAACAGCUUGCGGAGAUGAGCACAACAGAGGAGGAGGUAAAGCAGGAGGAGACGAAACAGGAGGGGGAGCAGGAGGGGGAGCAGGAGGAGAAGGAGGAGAAGAAGGAGGAAGAGGAUGUGUCUCAAAGAUUUUCAGUCGAGGAGGUGCACACAGCCGCUAUCAGGAGCCUAGCUGAGGUGACCGCCCACUCCAUCCAGCAGCUCCUCAGAGCAGGAGAGAAGACCCUCCUCUGCCUCCCUGAGCAGGAGGGGCAGAGCAGCGCCCUGGAGCAGAGCAGCGCCCUGGCUCAAGUGACACUUGUUUUGUGUAAAGAAAUCUCUCUGCUGGCCAAGAAGUUCACUUCCUGUCUGACUUCCACAGGGGCCAAUGAGAAGGGGGAGGUUCUGAAUCCUCUGAUAACAGGUGUCUUCCUGGAGGCGUCCAACAGCGCCUCCUACCUGCAGGACGCCUUCCAGCUGCUGCUGCCCGUGCUCCAGAUCUCACACAUCCAGAGAACAUCUGGGGCCGGACAGCCAUGACCAACCUCUUCUCCUCUCCCCUCCCCCUCUCCCCCUUAUCCCUCCUCCUCCUCUCCUCCUCUCCUCCUCAUCUGCCUCCUCAUCACUCCUCUCCUACUCAUACCUCCUCCUUAUCUCUGCUCUCCUCUCCUUCCCUCUCCUCUCUCCUCCCCCCCCCCUCCUUGUUUCUUCGCGUCUCUUCUCUUCCUCUCCUUUCUGCUUCUCUUCAUCCCUCAAUUUUCUUUCACUCUGUCCUUCCUAAUCUGCUGCCUCCUCUCCUCUCCUCUCCUCUCCUCUCCUCUCCUCUCCUCUCCUCUCCUCUCCUCUCCUCUGCUGCCUCCUCUCCUCUCCCCUCCCCUCCCCUCCUCUCCUCUCCUCUCCUGUCCACCAGAACACGACCUUGAGAUAAAAGUUUACAAAAACGUGUCCAAUUACUCAGGGGAAACCUGCUGGUCGAUCGCUAUCGAAUACUUUUAUGGAAUGGAAAGCUGUUUGUAUUGCAGAGAUGAAAGGAAAGACUAAGUACAGCUUUGAUCACAUCAUGUAAUGGAGUUUUAAUGUAUGCUGAGAUGGUGUUAUUAUGGGAUGUAAUAGUGUUAUUAGUAGGACAUCAUGCCGGUGUAAAACCCUGUUCCUCCAUCCACACUAACUAAAGGGAUAGUUUCACUUGCCCUACUUUCUGUCGAGAUGCUACAGUAUUAUUAGGGAAGGUUUUAUAACAAAGACACACGAGAGAAAAAAACAGGCUUUGCUCCUUCUCGUCAGGCGACGGAGCAAAGUCCAUGUGUAAUAGUUCAGAGAGAAAUGGAAUUAUUCCAAAAAACCAGGAUGGCUCCCAGACUGCUGUUAAACAUUGAGUUAGAAAUGUAGUACAGUUAUAUCUUGUCAGAAAAUUCCACUAAAUAGUGUUUAUUGACAUGCAUUUGGUGUACAUACAUUUUUGGUGUUUUGGGAAAAUAUUUGAAUGUAAUAAAUGUUUUCCAAAUAAAAAUCCUUUGCUCAACAAAA